UCAUACCACCAAGAAUAAAAUUUAUGAAAAUAACGUCUACAUUAGUAUAAAAUAAAGCUCAUUAAAUAUGAAUAUCUGAUAUAUUCAUAUCAAGCUAGUUUAUAAAUAAAUGACAAUAACAGGUGUUUACUGUUAAGGUGUGCCGGAAAAUCAUUCAUUCAUCAUCAGUCUAUGAAACAGUCGGUGCCCCAUCUAUUUAGAUUAGUUAGACUGUGUUAAUUGUUUUUCAAAAUAUUUUUAACAUGACUUCUAGUCUUUAACUAUACUUUUAACUAUAAACUCAUGUAACUAGUGUGGAUGUCAAACUGAGUCGUAGGAGUAGCUGGUGGUGGUAAAGAUGCCGAUGAGCGCAGAUGAGGUUUCUGAAAAGUUCCCUGUACAUUGGCUUGUGUGGAACGAUAAUUAUGAAGAGCUUCGUAUUGCUUUAAACAAUAAGAAGUGGAGCUCUGAGGAACUAGAGUCUCAUGACCCACGUGGACGAACACCUCUUCUAUUAGCUGUGACUUUGGGUCAUCAUGAAUGUGUGCGUGCAUUACUUGCUGCUGGUGCAAAUGUGUGUUGCGAUCGGGAUGGAUGGACAGCAGUUCAAGAAGCAACUGCGAGAGGUCAUAUUGGAUUAUUAGCAGCAGUCCUUGCCAGGAGAGACCAUGCUAGACAUGCUGCUCGUGUUGCUGCAUUACCAGCACUGCUGAGAAGACUUAGCCUGGCACCAGACUUCUAUGUUGAGAUGAAGUGGGAAUUUACUUCAUGGAUUCCACUGGUCUCCCGGAUCUGUCCAUUUGACACAUAUCGUGUAUACAAACGCGGGGCCAACGUGCGAGUCGACACAACAUUACUCGGUUUCCAUGACAACCGGUGGGAGCGCGGCGAUCGGACUUACAUCUUCUCCGGACAGGGUGACUCUGCAAAAUUACUAGAACUGGACCACAUAGCUGGAACCGUAUGGACCGAAAGGGUGGAAGGAAGUGUCUCUGCUGAUGACUGGCCACUCCCACAAGCUUCCCAUCUGAAUCAUCGUCUUCGCACACCAGUCCAUAUUAACUACCUCGAUACAGAUAAGAUCUGCUUUGAGCGAAGCAAAAGUGGGAUUUGGGGCUGGCGUCAGGACAAAAUGGAAAAUGUCAACGGUUAUGAGUGCAAGGUGUUUGGGGCGAAUAAUGUGGAGAUUGUCUCGAAGACACGGUGGGAGCACGUGCCCCGUUCUGAGAGGAGGGCUGUGCGUGCGCCGCCGUUAGCGGGGCUACUUGCCGCCGCCGAUGAUGAGGGCGCGCCGCCGCCGCCGCCACCAGAUAGAGAAGAUGUCGCAGAUAUGCCCGACUUAAAUCCAUCUUGGGAGCAAUACUUCGAUGAGGGUGUGGAAGAAUGUGAAAUUGGUCGUCCGCGUGAAAUCACUUCAAAAGUGCAGAAGUUUCGCGCUACGUUAUGGCUUUGUGAAGACUACCCCUUAGAGUUGCAGGAACAAAUAAUGCCAAUCCUUGACCUCAUGGCAUCGAUAUCUUCCCCGCACUUCGUGAAGCUAAAAGACUUCAUACAGUUACAACUUCCAUCAGGCUUCCCGGUUAAAAUUGAAAUACCACUCUUCCACGUGAUCAAUGCAAGAAUUAGUUUUGGGAACAUAUUUGCACGUGACACGAGCGUGCGAUACGUUGAAUGCGUGCCCGAAGGAGAUAGGUUGACGUGUCUCAUAGAUGACGCUUGCUUCGCCAUAGGGAGGGGCUAUCGGGAAGCUGGGCCCGUAUCAGAGGACAGGAUCGCCAGCAUCGCUGAUGAUGACGAGGAAUUGUUGCAUUACGCAAUACAGCAAAGUCUAAUGGAAGCAGGAACGCAAAGAGACCAGGUAGAUGUUUGGGAAGCCCUCCGAGGAGCUAGGCCUGUCACGCCCUCUCCCCCCGCGCCCGUUUCCAACGUCACUCUUGAUGAGGAUCUAGAGCAGACUAUGCUGCAAAGAGCUAUUGCGGAGUCGUUGCGGAUCGCAGCGGGGGCAGUUGACGAGGAAAAAGAGGAGAGUCCAGAAGCGGAAAAUGUAGAAGUGGAAGAUGAGCUUAAAGCGGCUUUAGCGCUGUCAGCAGCGGAACAUGAAGCGAGACGAGCGGAAAUAAGGGACGAAGAGAAGGCUUUAGACGAAGUGUUACGAUUAUCGAUGAACGAUAAAUAGCGCCGGAAGUUCAAGCUGUCGCGGCGAUAAAGAACAUCGUCUGCAGCUAUGAAUGAACGUUUCAGUAUUCCUAUAUAUAUCUUAUUUUGAGUCUGACUUAAAUUUGUGACAAUUAUUUUUUAAUAUGACAGUCGUGGUGUCACGUGAAGCGGACAUUUUUUUUGCUUAUAAUAAUGGUUCAUAGACUUCCUAAUAUGUCAACGUAAUUAGAACAUUGGUCGAAACUAACCCCAUUAUUUUUUUAUCUAUCUAUGACAGAUGGUACAUUUGGUGCCGUCAUUGGACGUCAUCAAUUAAAAAAAGAAACUUAGAGUUACUCCCAUGUGACUAGGCUACCGUCAUACUAUUAGUUAGCUAAAUACUGUCUCUUACUAUUAACUAAUUAAAAACAUUCUGAGCACGCUCUCAUAUCGAAGGUUUUUAUUGUGAAUCGAAAGUUUUGAACUGUGUACUAAAGCUAGCCUAGUCUGCUCAAAAUCAGGAGAUGGCAACACUAAUUAAGUGAUUCCCGCUAACGUACGGAACAAGCGGGGUUGCUAUUCUCAGCUCAACUUUUUACCCGCUACUUAAAAAUUCAAACAAAAUCCCGAUGUCUGUUUGAAAAACGCUUCUGUUGUAAAAUAGUGAGUGAUUGCUUCGUGGGAAACAUUAAAUUAAGUUUCGACCUUGACUUAACCUAGGUUUGGAAGGUAUUAAUAGAUACGUCCCCUGAAUCAAAAAUAAUAAGUUACAAAAAAAAUAUUAUUGACGAAACUUAAUUAUUAAAUUAAUUCGAAAAAAUUGUCUGCAAAGAAUUCCUUUCCGCUUCACGUCCAACAGAAAUCGCAUUUACUUUUUAAGAAGUAAUAAGUUAUUUAUUAAAAUUCUAAGUAUAUUUUGGUGCGAUUUUGGUGUGCUGGACCUGACGCGCGUGUUAUAGUGUUAAUAUCGAAUAGUAUUAACAAUAAUAUUAACAGGCAACACUAUUGCUACUUGGUAACAUUAUUUGUUCAAGGCAAAUCAAACAUUUAAUCGACUGAUUUAAUUUUGUAUUUGAUCUCGUAUAUAAGCUGUUUCGACAAAAGAUGAAAGAUCCCUGUAUCAAUGUUUUACACCAAUGCUUUUAAUUUACAGUUAAUUUUUUACUUUAUUAAAUUAUUAUUACGUAAUUUAAAAGUCGUUCAUAACUCUAUAGAUUAUAUUUUUUUAUUAAAUUAAAAUAAUAUUUGUAAAAAUCAAUAGUAUGGUAUCAUUGCAUUUUUUUGUAGAUUCGAUUGUAUGCUGUAUUGUACUUUACCGAUGUAAUUGUUACGUUUAGUAUCAUGAAAUUCGGAAGUGUAACAGCGCCCUCUAUUGUCUAUAAAAAGAACUAAUUUCAUCAGUGUAAUUUCGUACGUCGUCGUGUUGUAUAACUUCGGUGCUGUUUUUAUUGUUAAUAUUUUCUGUGAGAUAUGGAAGAAAAAAAAUUGCAUAUUACUUUUUAUAAAAUAUUUUAUAACAGUUGUGAAAAUGAUUUCGCACUUUUCUUCCAUUGUCCACAUCUCUUUAGUUGUAACGAUGACUUUAUAUUGUCCGAUAUUUGUUUACGAUAUCGCAUAUAACGAUACAUAUACGUUAAGCGACCUCUUUAUUUGUUUCCUACUUUAGUUAAUAAUAAAAGGAAAUAAGCAUUUAAUUACUAAUUAAAUGUAUUGAAUUUUCCUACAGUUAUAAAGUUGAAGGAAAAGCAGGGUAAAACACCCUGAAACCAUUUUGUUUGACCAAACACAAUAUUGAUAUUUAUCAAUUGCAAUUGUAAAUACUUAUAUAAUAUUUUUAAUUAAGAUGUAAAAAGCGGCCAAUUGUGUGAGUGGAGCUGCAAAGGCGCUAAGACUUAAUCCUUCCACAAAAUAUAUUGUAAUCAAAUCGAUUGUGCAUAAUAAAUAUACCUAUUUAUAUA